AUGUGCCUGGAAAUGGCUGGAGGCAUCCGAGGGCCUGAACGGAGGAUCGUCCUGGUGGGCAGCGUCAAUGGAAAAAGUGCCACUGGAAACACAAUUCUGGGAAGCGAAGUUUUUCACUCUGGGUGGUCACCAAAGGUAGUACUAAGAGUAUGCCAGAAGGAGGAGACGCAGCUGAAUGGCAGGAAGGUUGUGGUUGUAGAUAUACCUGACUUUUCCGAUCGUCCAGACAAGGAUAUUGCUGCGAGAGAAGUGAGAAAGAGCACGAAGCUUUGCUCCCCAGGUCCCCAUGUCAUUCUGCAGGUGAUGCAUCCUUUUCUUUUCUCCCCAGAGGAGAGGUACGUGGCUCAGCAUAUCAAAGAGCUUUUUGGCCUUGAAGCCAAGGAUUACAUGAUCCUCUGGUUCACCUGCAAAGAUCUGAAAGGUCAAUCUCUAGAAAAUAAAUACUUGAAGGAAUAUAUUGCUGAAUGCGGGAACCGGUUCCCGGCUUUCAACAACUGGGCUGAAGGGGCGGAACGAGAGGCUCAGGUGGCCGAACUGAUGGCCAUGAUCGAUGAUCUUGUGCGAACCAACAGAUGUGCUCCUUGUUACACGGAAGACAUGAUGAACGUCAGCAAAAGACGCAACUUCUGAUUGUUUCCCUUUCCCUCAGAGACCAGAAAGUCUCUCUAACUGGGCAUCUGCUCCCAAGUUGGCAACUCUGCCAAAGGCCACUCUUAGGCUUCCAAAGGCUUUUUUGCUGUUGAAACUAUUAUCGCUUCUCCGCUUCCAAUGAAUUAAGGGGGAGGGGAGGCGAGGGGAGGGGGAGAGAGAACUUAGGUUUCAGACCUCAAGAUGCGAGCCAUGAGUGUCUUAUGGAUACUUUCAAAGACAUUAUGUAAGGAAUGCUCUACUCUUAGUAUGGGAAAAGGUUAAAGCCAAAAAUUAUGAGAAAAUGCUAGUCUGGCUUUCAACAGUGGAAGCUCUGAUACAUGUAAAUGUGAUAAACUUGGGAAAGCUUGUAAUGUAUAAAGAUAUUUUAAAUGAGAAAAGGGAACUUAAACCUUAACAGGAAUUGCCAAACCAAGGGGUAGAACUCGCAUGGUGGCCACACUUGCAAAUACAAUUAAAGUUGGGAAAAAGAUGUAAGGAAAUAUUGUUUCUAUAAAGAGCCAACGAUAGUUGAUCAGAUGCUAUUAGGUGUGGAUGAAAAGUUAAUAAAGAAAAUAUAUAGCGAUUUAUAAAGCCUUAAAAUGGAAGAUAACAAUGAUAACUUCGGCAAAAAAAUGUGGGUAUACUAUGGAAUUAGAUGUGGCAAAAACUUUGGGAUAAAAACUAUAAAUUGACAAUGGCAACUACAUACAAGGAAAACCUGUUGAAAAUGUUCUACGGGUGCCAUUUGCCACCAACAAGGUUGGCAAAAAUGUUUAAAAACAUGUCCGCCAAAUGUUGAAAAUGCAGCCAGAUACCCAGUUCGUAUUUCCAUAUGUGGUCGACCUGCUCAAAGGAAAAAAAAAAAAAAAAUGGAUGAAAAUACUUUCACGGCUAGAGAAAAUUAUAAAGCAACAUAUAGGCCUAAAGCCAGAAAUAUUCUUAUUAGGUAUUUUGCCAGAAAAAAUACAAUAAAGGGCAUAUUUAUUUAAUGCUGCAUGUUUUGACGGCAGUGAGAAUUGUGUUUGAGGAAACUCCUUCUGAUGAUAAUAAAUAUUAGAUUGUGCAGAAAUGGAUAGAUUAACAUUAAAGAUAAAGGAUAAAGAAGAUACAGAAUAUUUGUAACUUGGGAUUUGGUUUAUUAAUCAUUAGAUAAUAAAAGUAGAAAUUAGAAGUUGGAAGAAUACUAUUAUAUACAAGCAAACAUUAUUAUUAUGUAUAUGUAAACUGACCCACACAAUACACUGUUUACCUAUACAUGUUAAAGAAAAAUGUAUAUAUAAAUAAGAAAAAGGAAGGAAGGAAGGAAGAUGCCAGCCAUGAGAACCAAGGACAGCUCAACACGUGUUUACCAGACUCUCUCAGAACAAUAUCAGGAGCCUCCAUUGGACAGUGUGAUCUGGUCCUAUAAAGAAAGGGAGAACCUGAACUUCAACUAUGUGGCUCUGUUUGGGAAUCAGCUGGAUCUGGUUUUGCCCUCAUCUUGCUGAAAUGAUGUACUCAAUAAAGUUUUGCAUUAAGAGAUUGGAUCGUCUCGACCGUGUUUGCUUUGGUUGGAUUUGUCAGUCGGAACGUUGAGACCUUCUGUUCUGUGUUCCAAUCCAGCCCUCACCAUGUGACCUCUGAAG